GAGAGAAAGAGAGCGAGCAGGGGAGAGAAGUUGGCUUGCGGCUGCAUCUCUGCGCGCACGUCAGCGUUAAUCUGGUCCCCAGAGCCUCGCCUGACACCAUGAGUUCAGAAGCCGAUGAACCCAAGGAAGGCUGGCUGUGGGAAGCACAAGCAUGUAAAACCAGAAUAACUUGUUGGCACUGACUGCUCCCAUGGGACUGCAAAAUGCUGCACCACUCUUAUUGGAAAUAGCAUCAUUCCUUGCUACUAUACCCAGCCUUAACCUUCAGUGGCCACAGAUGUCUUCAACUCCAAAAGUCUGGCCAUUCAGGCCCAGAAGAAGAUCCUUGGAAAAAUGGUAUCCAAAUCAAUAGCAACUACCUUGAUUGAUGAUACAAGCAGCGAUGUUUUAGAUGAGCUUUACAGAGUAACAAAGGAAUAUACACAAAAUAAAAAAGAAGCAGAGAAGAUCAUAAAAAACCUCAUUAAAAUAGUCCUCAAAUUGGCAAUUCUCUACAGAAACAACCAGUUUAAUAAGGAUGAAAUAGCACUGAUGGAGAAAUUCAAGAAGAAAGUUCAUCAGCUGGCUAAGACUGUGGUCAGUUUCCAUCAGGUGGAUUAUACCUUUGACAGGAACUUUUUGUCCAAAUUGUUAAAUGAAUGUAGAGAGCUGCUUCAUGAAGUCAUUCAGCGUCACCUAACUGCGAAGUCACACGGACGUGUCAACAACGUGUUUGAUCACUUCUCUGAUUGUGAAUUUUUGGCUGCCUUGUACAAUCCCUUUGGACCUUAUAAAAUCCAUUUGCAGAAACUUUGUGAUGGUGUCAACAAAAUGCUAGAUGAGGGGAACAUAUAAGUACUUGUAUUAGAGGUGACUGCCUAUGAGUUAUUUGUAGAUGGAACACUGUUGAUUUAUGAAGGAAUAAGGGAGCAUGCAAGGAGGUUUUUUUGCAUUAUGACAAAUCUUUCCUAAAUAUCUUUAUUAAUUGAUUUCUUACUAUGCGCUAUUUGUUGCUAUUCACAGUCCAUCUGGAAGAAAAACUGCACAUGACUUUUUCUACUGUGCUUUGCCUAUGGAAACAGCUUGAUAAAGACAAUCAAACAGAAUGGUUUAAGUAGAGCAAGAGUCUUGCAAGAUAAAUAUACAAACCAAAACAAUAUGCUGUCACAUCUUUCAUAGAUUUACAGAAUUAAUUCUAAACUGUCAGAAUCCAGUAAUGUUGGUAACAGACUAUCAUGGUGAUGGUACACUCUGAAAUUUCCUUCAUUUACUUGUAAAAUAGACAUAUUUGAUUCAGUUACAGUCUUUUUGCUCUCUGCACAGAUAACAGCUUCCUAGUGUUGCCAUUAUGAAGCAUUGGGUUUUAAAUAAAAUCAGUGAUGCUGUCACACAGAGUCUUAACAGCAGGCUUGUGCAUCUCCAGCUCAGUGGUGAAAACGUCCUGUCUGCAAGGCAGGAUCUCCCAAGUAGAGAUCCUUAUAGACCUGCACAGGUGCAUGGGGAUUUGACUACAAGGGGAUUAUUUAAGGAAUAAGCUACAGGAAAAUAGCUGAACUGGGGAAGAGCAUUCCCAAGAAACUGCUUGUGGUACAGAAUUAUAACUCUGCCUAUGAUAAGAUAAAACACAGUGACUUCUCUGUGCAAUUCCUUAAGAUAUUUAAAAUUCUGCUGGUAGAAUCAUAGAAUCAAUCAUUUGGGUUGGAAGGGUCACAAUUGUUUUCAAAAAGAUGUGAGUCAGUAUAUUUGAUAUACUAGCCUGAUGUGUAUGAUGAUGUGAAUUCACCAAAAUUGAUAGAUUACAAGCCAAUUUGCUUUCUGUACAUUGAAAGUAGAAACAGAAAUUAGUGCUAUCAUUGUGUUAUAUACUAUUUAACUAAUGGAAAAAUGGAAUUUAAAGUAUUUUUUUUUUCUUCUUGUCUUACUUUGUACCUUUUAUCUUUUUUUUUUUUUUCCUCAUCUUCUCUCUGCCUUGACAUUGGGGAUAAAAAAUGUGACUUUCUAGACACUGUAAUGUACUUAAAUGCAUGAAGUUAAUACAUUUCAAGCAGCCAAAGACUUUUUGUUAGGAGGCAUAUAAAGAAUUUGCUGUUUAUUUAAUUGCCAGUGUUUUUUGCUGUUUGCUGUGUCCUUUUGUUUUAAUGAGUAAACCAAAGAAUAUUUGCACUCCAAA